AUGGACAUGGACUUCAUGCAGCGAUUGCUUUUGCAGAAAUGGCGCGGCUGUGACUGUUUACAUUUGGACAUUGGCCCGACCCAGGAGCAGGAUAUCUUGGAUGACAUCCUGGUGCAGAUCAGCUUGUGGGGUUGCUUGCAAGCUGAGUCCAUGAUCGCAGUGGUGCCACGAGACUACACCUUCAUCGAGCUCGCCAACUUGUCUACUCCGGUUCUCCUGGAGCUCACAGUAUGUAGCUUGGUCUCACUGACAAAGGCCGACUUCGAAAUGUGUUCCUUCUACGUCUCCCCCGAGGUGCGGAGCCCAUCACAGGUGGUGGCCAAGAUCUUGGAGGCGUACUUCGACCCGAAGACUCUGCAGAAGUUGCAGAUCGAGGCAUCUUCCGUGCGGAAGGAGCUGGUGGAUCGAUUGGUGGAGGCGGCGAUCGACUUCACGACCCGGGCGGUAACCUCGGGUCGGCUGCGACAACGGGAGCAACACGCGGCGGAUCAGACGGCUGCGGCUGCUGCGGAGAUGUUUGAGGAGAGCGAGGUGCCCGACGCCGUGAGGGCGCUCUUCCGUUCACAGGCGACCGGCGACGCGAGCGCGCUGCCGGACUUCAAAACGAUGUCCACCACGGAUCUCGAGGCACGCCUGGGCCGGAUGAUCUUACCGCUCAACCAAGAGCUUGGCAAGCCGGCCGAGGGCAGCAGCUAUGUGGUGUCUUGGCGCUUCAGUUUUUUGUACAAGGAGAGAGUGACCUGGGCCUUUCUGGACGAGGUGAAUACCUGUGAGCACAUGGGUCUGGUCACAGAGAUUUUGUGCCAUCAUCGAGUGCUUGGAAAGCCAUUACCUGAGAAGCUCGUGCUCCUCGCGGCAUGCAAUCCCUAUCGCAAGAAGGCGGUCCUGACCACAGAAGCCCGCCGGGCUCAAGCGCAGCUAGUGCUUGGAGACACCAGCCAGAGGCGGAAGAUGUCCCGAUUGGUUUAUAGUGUUCAGGAGCUACCCGAAGCGCUUUAUGACUUCUUGUAUGACUUUGGCUUCCUCGGCACGGAAGAAGAGGAGAGUUACGUAGAAGCGAUGGUCGAGCCGCUCUUCCCGUCCCGCCAACCUGUUCAGCAGCCCUGGGCUCCUUGUGUGAAGGAUUUGAUUAUCUUCUCCCAAGAGUUCACGGCAGAGAAUCAGCCGGAUUGCCUGCUGAGCUUGCGGGAUGUGAAGCGAUGCGUGGAGCUCAUCAAAUGGUUCCAGGAAAGUUUGCGCCAGCGGCAGGAGUCCUGUCACAGAUGGGAAGAAGACCUAUCACCGGCAGCCUGGUCCGAAGGAUGGAAGGAGGGUGCUGAUGCGCUGGAGGAGGAGAUCACCUUCAGAUCGGUGCUCAAUGCCUUGGUGGUCUCUUACCACUGCCGGCUCCCGACACAUAAACUCCGCGAAGUCUACCGCCAGCAAGUGGCGCAAAUCUUCGAGAACCAUGGCAAAUAUUUGCCAAGGCAAAACAGGCAGCAAACCUGGGAAGGUGGGAACAUCCUCAAUUGGCUCAAGAACAACGAGAUGACUCGAUACAUUGAGCUGAUGAAGCUGCCAGAGAUGACUGUAAUGAUGGUUUGUAUCUUGAACCAGAUUCCCAUCUUCGCAGUUGGAAAGCCGGGCAACUCCAAGAGCUUAGCCCUGCGGAUCUUGCACGCCAGCUUGAGGGGCCCAGACUCCGAGGAUCCCUACUUACGGAACUUCCCUCGGCUCUAUGUGAUCUCAUAUCAGGGAUCCGAAGUUUCGACGAGCGAGGGCAUCACCAAGGUCUUCGAGAAGGCCAAGACCUACAAAGAGAGCAUCGCAAAGGACGCCUUGGUUUUGGUGCACUUUGAUGAAAUCGGCCUGGCAGAAGCCAGUCCCAACAAUCCCUUGAAGGUGCGAGUCAUUGUGAACGGGGAAUUUUCCCGCACGCGUGCCUGCGAAAAAGCGCGUGUCUUAGACACUGAGCUGUCCUGA